CAUCACCACACUUUGCUUCCAGAAUCACAGCAGCAGUCAUGCAAACCACAGUGCGUUCUCUGCGCGCCAUGCGCUUCGAUUGCUCAAUCCGCGCCUUCACAUCGUCUGCUACGACAAGAUCAUCAUGGUCCCCCGGACCCGCCCCACCACGACUCCCCAAGGAAGAGCAAGAGCUAUUCGAGAAGCUCCAGCAACAAUCCACCGGCGCAUUCAGCACACCGCGGCAAGCCGAGUCCAGCGAGGUAAAGGACUCGGCCACUCACGAAGCAUCAGCGAAAGCUCCCACCGCAGCCGAGAUGUUGGAGCAAGUACGGGAAAGAGCACGAGUUGCGGCGCAAGGAGAUGGAGAGGAACUACACCCGAAUGUGAGGCGAGGAGCCGCGCCUGAGUUCAAGGGCGAUACAAAUCCCAAGACGGGCGAGGUUGGAGGACCCAAGAACGAGCCGCUGAGAUGGGGCGUUGCUGGAGACUGGAGUUACAAUGGAAGGGUUACGGACUUCUAGAUACAUUAGGUCGAUAUCGGCCAUCGUAUGAUCAUUGCUG